GUGCGAGUCCAUGCUCACGCUAUACAGAUCCGGAGGUACGACAGAUGACGUGACGCGCCUGCCGUGUUUCAGACUUUGCAUGAUUACGUAAACGCUUCAGCGGCUCUCCCCGAAUAACAAAUAGCACAGAAGUUGAGCCUUUUCCUCUCCACCACCGCCAUGUCUUCAAGAACCAGCAAAGAAACCACAGAGAAGCACUGCGUCCUGUGCUGCCAAGAGGUCAACAUCUUCGCCUUGGGAAAAUGCGACCACCCGGUGUGCUACCGCUGCUCCACCAAAAUGAGAGUGCUGUGCGACCAGAAGUACUGCGCCGUCUGCCGGGAAGAGCUCGACAAGGUGGUGUUUGUGAAGAACCUGGCGGCCUUCUCGUCUCUGCCCUACCAACAGUUCCCCUGUGAGAAGACGCAUGACAUCUAUUUCUGUGACGAGAAGAUCUUCGCCAAAUACAGACAUCUGCUGUUGCCAGAGUGCCUCCGCUGUUCAGAACCGAAGGCCUUCUCCAAGUUCGAGGAGCUGGAGUAUCACAUGAGGAAGCAGCACGAGCUCUUCUGCUGCAAGCUCUGCUCGAAGCAUCUCAAGAUCUUCUCCCAUGAGCGUAAAUGGUACAACCGCAAGGAACUGGCACGUCACCGAGCGCACGGAGAUCCGGACGACACCAGCCACAGAGGACACCCGCUCUGCAAGUUCUGCGAUGACCGUUACCUUGACAACGAUGAGCUGCUGAAGCACUUGCGCAGGGACCACUACUUCUGCCAUUUCUGUGACGCGGAUGGUUCUCAGGAAUAUUACAGCGAUUACCCGUACCUGAGCGAGCAUUUCAAAGAGAGUCACUACCUGUGUGAGGAGGGCCGCUGUGCCGACGAACAGUUCACCCAUGCAUUCCGCUCCGAGAUCGACUACAAGGCCCACAAAGCCGCGGCGCACAGCAAGAACCGAGCAGAGGCCCGACAGAACCGCCACAUCGACGUGCAGUUUAACUACACAAGACAAACGAGGAGAAAUGAAGGAAUGCUGUCGGGUGAGGAUUAUGACGAGCUGCGUCAGAGGAGGGGAGGAGGAGGAGGAGGAGGAAGAGGAAGGCCUCAUGGGGGACAGAAGAGCUGGAGGUAUUCCCGAGAGGAAGAGGACAGGGAGGUGGCAGCUGCCAUGAGGGCAUCCAUGGCGCAGUGUAGGCAGGAGGAGAGAGGACCGAUGCAGGAGAGAGGACCGAUGCAGGAGAGGAGCGCUCCCAAACACUGCAGGGAGGAGAGGACCGAGAGAGCCGACCCAGAAGACCCCAAAAACAGGACGGGACUCAUCAAACCAACAAGCAAACCUCCAGUACGAACAAUGAAGAGCUCUAAUCCCGGGGAUGAAGAAGAUGACUUCCCAGCUUUAGGAGCCAAAGCGGCCCCGACCAUUGUAAAACCAGCUCCUGCGAUGGUAACAACAGCCCAUGCCGCUUUGAAGGAAGACGACUUCCCGAGCCUCUCCACCGUGGCGGUCGCGUCUCCCAUGACGCCGGCUUACUCCGCCCAACAGAGGAACACUUCCUCUUUCCACGAGGAGGAUUUCCCCGCGCUUGUGUCCAAAAUUCGGCCCCUCAAACAUGCGGCUGGCAACAAAUCUGCUUGGUCCAACCAUACCGCUGCAGCUAAAGCCCAACCUCUCCCUCCCCCGCCCUCCAGGCCGUCCCCUCCUCUCUCGUCUGUGUCCUCUGGCCCUCAGCUCCUCUCCUCUUCCUCCAACUCCUCAUCCUUGCGGAUGAAAAAGAUGUCACAGGAGAAAGAAAUACCUACUCGGUCUCCUCCUCCUCCAUCUCGCGACGAUGGUGUCGGAGGGUUGACGCAGCAGGAGUUCCGCUCGGUGCCCACCAUGUUGGAGAUCUCCUCUCUGCUCACCGUCAAAGGGGGCAAAAGCAAACCCUCCGCUGUGGCCCCCGACCCUCCAAACCCGACCCCCAUCCCCGAUCCUUUCACCUCUAAAGCCAGCAAGAAGAAAAAACAGCAGAAGAACAUGGCCGCCGCGGCCUCCCCGCCCCCGUCUUCAAUGUCGGGGACGACGCAAACUGUGAACACGAUCUCCGUGGAGACGGCGGCGCAAAAGGAGAACGUCCCCGAGAAGAGUUGGAACAAAGCCCCCCCCGCCAGUGCUGGGACGGCGACUCUGAUGGCGAACGGACACCCCGAGAAGUCACCGCCCGUUCGGAAGGAGGCCGUCGCGACAACUCCUCAUCCCAAAGCGGACCCCCCUCUUGAGCAGGAGGAGGAGGAGGAGGACUUCCCUGCUCUCAUGACCAAGAAGCCACCACCAGGCUUCAAGUCCUCUUUCCCGCUGAAGGCUUCAGCACCGGCCUCCGUCAUGCCCCCACCUCCACCCGGCCUGGGGAUCUCCGCCCCUAAACCUCCCCCGGGCUUCACCGGGAUCCCCCUGAACAGCAACGUGGUGGAGCCCGCGGCGCCCGCGGUCAACCCACCCCCCAAGGUGUCGAGCACCGCUUACCUGGUGCCCAACGACUUCAACCAGAGGAACCUGGAGCUGAUCCAGUCCAUUAGGAAGUACCUCCACAACGACGAGUCGACGUUCAACGAGUUCAAAAACUACUCUGCCCAGUUCAGACAGAGUGUGAUAUCAGCGGUCCAGUACCACGGCAGCUGUAAGGACCUGCUCGGAGAAGACUUUAACCGCAUCUUCAGCGAGCUGCUGGUCCUCCUGCCGGACACCGGCAAGCAGCAGGAGCUCCUGAGCGCCCACGGAGACAGCAGGGCGCUGGAGAAGCAGUCGGUCGCCGGAGGCGGGAAGAAGAACAAGAAGAACGCCUGGCAGAUCCCGACCACCAUGGCGAACGCGGCGGCCGAGCUGGACUGCCAGGUGUGCCCCACUUGCAGACAGGUACUUGCCCCGAAAGACUUCAACUCCCACAAGACCAUGCACAUCCGGGAUAACGAGGACUUCCCUUCUUUGCAGUCAAUUAGCCGUAUCAUCAGCUAGCCCUUCCCUCUUUUUCUUUUUGUCCCUGCUCCGAAUGCCAUUUUGAGGUUAUUUUUCAGUUGGAAAACAAUAGCUCAUAGCACUUUUUUUUUUUUUAAGCUGGCUUACGGUGUUUUUACUUUCUCUGGGGAUCAUGUUGACGGGCUUGUGUUCAAACACACAGAGCUGCUCCGUCUCAACUCCUUUUUGAGGACGUCUCCAGCUGGCGCUGGCAACGCGGGUCCAAUCAGACCCGUCGCUUUAUUUAAUGAAAAAAUGAGAAACGAGACGAGGCCUCACUCGAACACCUUUUUGCUCACGGAUUUUUUUUAAAUUUCUCUUUGUGUUUUCUCUCUCAAAUACAAUUAGGACUAAAUGUAUUUUGUUAACAUCAAAGCUCAUGAAGUAUGUAUAUGGUUCCCCGGCAGGGCUGUUUGCUCAAAAUAAACAAACAUUAUCGGUUCAACUACA